UUUGUCAAUAAAAAACAAGUUUAAUAAAAGUAGUUUUAUAAGUUUUUUUUUAAACUAAUUUCGAGCAGACGAUGAGCUUUGCUUUUAGAUUGGGUUCUUCAAUCGGGUGUUUUCCUCGUACGAUCUUAGGUCGUAACAUAAUUCAAAGGAAAAGUCAUGUGGUAUCUUACCGUAAUGGCCCCCCUCCCCAUUCAAAGGCAACUAAAAUUGGUGCUGUAACUGUUGCUGGAGCUAUGUGGUGGUGGGUAAUCUGGCACUUAUGGCAUGAACCUGACCACAUAACGGGGGAAUUCGAUUAUCCUAACUCAAGGAAAUGGAGCAACACAGAGUUGGGUGUUUCAAAGGAUGGAUUUUAAACAUAUGUUCAAGCUUACUCCAUAAAUGUUGAUUAAAAUGCGAUAUGUAGCCAUGUAAUUAUAUUAUUCUGGUUUAUUUGUUCCGUAAUACUCUUUUUAACAUUCAAUUUUUUUUAAGCAACUAACAUGUAUGUAUGAAUAAGUGCAUAUAUUAUCUAUUACACAAAAUAAACAAUACUAUUAAUUGAA